AUGGGUUCGACAGACAACAACGGCUGUGAGCCGAUCCCACAACCACCACAGCAUCUCUACGGCCUGCUGGGGAACCUUCCAGACAUCGACCCUGCCUUUCCCAUCAAAGAGGUAUGGCGGCUGGCGCAGCUCUACGGCCCCAUCAUGAGACUGAACUUGAACGGCGAUCACAUUUACGUCUCCAGUCGGGAGCUUGUCAACGAAGUAUGUGACGAGAAGAGAUUCCACAAACACAUUGGCCAAGUGCUCAAGGAGGUGAGAGCUCUCUUGGGAGAUGGCCUCUUCACUGCAUUUCCCAAGGAACCGAACUGGGGCAGAGCACACAGAAUGCUCGUACCGGCCUUUGGACCGAUUGGCAUUCGCAAGAUGUUCGAUGGUAUGCAAGACAUCGCCAGUCAAAUGGUCCUACGAUGGGAUCGAUUGGGCCCUGAGCACGAGAUUGAUUGCGGCGAUGACCUCACGAGACUCGCCUUCGACACAAUCGGACUGUGUGCCUUCUCAUACCGCUUUAACGAGUUCUACACCGACAACGCCCACCCAUUCGCCCAGCAAAUGGCCGACGUGCUCGUAGAAUCAGGCAAGAAAGCCAACCGGCCCCCCUUACUGCAGCGUCUAUAUCACAGAUCAGAACAGCAGCGCCAGGACCAAGUCCAGGAGAUGUGGAAGCUGUGCGACAAGAUUGUUGCCGACAGGAAGAAACACCCACAACCCGACAACCACGACUUGCUUAACACCAUGCUCAACACUGUCGACCGCGGGACCGGCGAGGGUCUCUCGGACGAAAAUAUCCGCUUCCAGCUGGCAACCUUUCUGGUAGCAGGACACGAAACCACAUCGGCAACCCUCUCCUUCACGUACCUCAACAUGCUCCAGAACCCCGCAACCCUCCUCAAAGCCCAGCGACAAGUCGACGAAGUCGUCGGCGAUGAUGUCUUGACCGUCGAGCACCUCUCGAAGCUCGACUACAUCGAUGCCUGCAUCAAAGAGACCCUCCGCCUCAGCUCCCCCAUUGGGGCCUUCACCGUCGGCUCAGACGAAGACCAAGUACUAGCUGGCAAAUACUUCGUCCCCAAGAACACCGAGAUAACAAUCCUGAACAAACUCCUCCACCGCGACCCAGCCGUCUGGGAUGACCCCGACUCCUUCAAACCAGAGCGCUGGCUCAACGGCGGUCUCCAAAAGCUCCCUCCCAACUCAUUCAAGCCUUUCGGAAGCGGGAUGCGUGCCUGUAUCGGCCGGGGGUUCGCAGAGCAGGAGAUGAUUAUAAAUUUCGCGAUGGUGCUGCAAAGGUUCCAGCUGGAGCUGGCGGAUCCGAGUUAUGAGUUGCAACUCAAGUCGACAUUGACGAUUAAGCCUUGGCAGUUUAGGAUGAAGGUGCGGCGGAGGCAGGGCAAGUCGCCUCAUGUGGGGAUACCUGGUGGGCUGCAGAAGGCUACAGAGAAGGAGCAUCGGACGCAUCAAGCUGCGCAUCGGCCGGCUAAGGAUGAUGGGGGGGAAGAGGCCUUUGGCGGAACGUGUGAAGCUCUUGCUCAGAGUCUACAGACUGCAUGCAGUGAUCACGGGUUUGAAGCUACCAUUGCUGGACUGGAUGCUGCGACAGAGCAUGCUCCGACUGACCAGCCCGUCAUCGUCAUUACAUCUUCGUCCGAAGGCCAGCCACCUGACAACGCGAGGAAAUUCGUCCACUGGCUAGGAGAGCUUGAUCCUCAGAAGCAGGCUCUCAAGCAUGUCAAAUACGCUGUCUUCGGCGUAGGGAACUCAGACUGGGCGAGCACCUACCACAAAAUCCCCCGUCUCGUCGAUGAUCUCGCCGCCAAGAACGGCGCACAACAGAUCAUCUCAGCUGGCUUCUCGAACGUCAAAGAGGACCCAAUCGGACCCUGGGAAGACUGGUCCGACAAGCUACUCGAGGUCCUCAGCGGCGACAAAAGUGUCACGAAGGAGAAAACCACCCUCCAAGCCAACAUCGAGCCCGACCCGCUCAGCCGCACACUGGGAGGCAUGGAGAUGAACUACGGCACUAUCAUAACCAACAGAGAGCUUGCAGGGACUGAAGUAGGCCCUGCUAAACGUCACCUCGAGAUCCAACUCCCGCACGACGCCGAUUACCAGGCCGGCGACUACCUCGUCGUCCAACCCCACAACCCUCCCGAAAGCAUCCACAGAGUCCUCGCCCACUUCGACCUAAACGACACCGACCUAGUAACUUUCACCAACUCCCCCAAGAAAUACCUCCCCUCAACUCCAACCCCCGUGGGAACCUUCCUAGCCGAAGCCGUCGAGCUCGCCACGCCGAUUACGAAACGCCAACUUGAAAGCCUGGCGCCCUACGCCACCACUUCUGAGCAAAAAUCUGCCCUGCAGAACUACAUCACCACCUACAACACCACAACCCUCACAAACCGCUACAGCCCCCUCGACAUCCUCACCACCCUAUCCCUCACCACCGUCCCCUUCCCCCACUACAUCGACCUCCUCCCCCCGCUCUCUCCCCGCCAAUACUCCAUCUCCUCCUCCCCCCUCGUCCAACCCGAAUCCGUCUCAUUGACCAUCGACGUCCACUCCUCCCCGGCGUUAAGCGGCACCGGUCUAUUCCAGGGCGUAGCCUCCACCUACCUUGCCACGCGCAGAAUAGGAGACCGAAUCUCCUGCUUCAUCCGCCCGACGAACGUCGGCUUUCGAAUUCCAUCCGUGGACGUCCCUCUCAUCAUGAUCUGCGCCGGCACCGGAAUAGCCCCCAUGCGCGCCUUCCUCCAGGAACGCUCCGCCAUCGCCGCCGCUGGUAUUAAAACCCUCGCCCCGGCGCUCCUCUACUUCGGCUGUCGCCACCGCGACCACGAUAACCUCUACACCUCCGACCUAUCCACCUACGAAACCGCCGGAAUCGUCAAGAUACGCACAGCCUUCAGCAAAGUCGGCCCAAACGCACCGUCGUACGUCCCCGACUUGGUUUGGGAGGAUCGGGAAGAAAUUGCGGAUUUGUUCACAGCUGGUGGGAAGAUUUUCCUUUGCGGGAGUGCAGCUAGACUGGGGAGGAGUACGGACGAUGUGUGUAAGAAGAUUUGGGUCGAGAGGACGGGGAAGACAUCAGAGGAGGCGGAGGAGUGGUUAAGGGGGGUGAGGAUGGAGAGGUAUGUUAGUGAUGUGUAUUGA